UUUCUUUCGGCUUUGAAGUAGAAGAAAUUAUUGUUUUUCCAAAAUCUAAACGACUCUGGUCUAUUUUAAAAUAGUCAAAAAUUUACAAACAACAUCUGAACAUUGAACGAAGAACGUUUCCAUCACAAUAAAAAUAAAAAAAAUCGUUACUCACGAUAUAGAAAUCGCACGUUACUGAAAAGGUGUAAAUAAAUUGAAGUUAUGGAAAAACUCGUAAUAUUUGAUACAGAUAUGGGCACCGAUGAUGCUUGGGCCCUACAAAUGAUGCUAAAAGCCGAAACACAUUUAAAAAACGUAAAAAUACUUGCGAUUACAGUUUCACAUGGAAACACAACAGUUGAAAAUGUAAUAAAAAACACGUACCGAAUUUUGGAUGGUCUAGAUCGAACCGAUAUUCCAAUUUACAAAGGAGCGACAGAAGCACUAAUUCCGGUUGAACUAAAUAUAGUAAAGUUCAACGGUAAUAAUGGUUUUUCUGACGUUGAUUUUUGGGAUACAAAUGUUUAUCCCAGUGACGUUAAUACGUUGGUUCAACCGAAACAUGCUGUUGAAAUCAUCAGAGAUCUGAUAUUAGAGCAUCCACACAAAAUAUCACUUAUUUGCCUCGCGCCAUUAACCAAUAUAGCAUUGGCCAUCAAAACUUAUCCAGAGAUCAGGGACAAAAUUUUUGAGAUUUAUAUAAUGGGUGGCAAUAUUAAAGGAAUAGGAAACACAACAUCAUCCGCUGAAUUCAAUUUUUACGUGGAUCCAGAAGCGGUACACAUUGUUUUUGCUACACUUAAGUGUCCGAUGACUGUUCUUCCUUGGGAAUGUUGCCUUGAAGAUAGUCUCUUUAUAUCGAAGGAAUGGAGAUUCAAAAAUUUGGAAAACGUCAACUGCAAAAAUAUAGAACUAAUGAAUAAAUUUGAUCAAAUUGCAUACAAAGACGGUGACUGUUUUAUGCCAUGCGAUGCAUAUUUGACGGCAGUCUUUCUAUUUCCGGAAAAAUGCAUACGAAGCAAAAAACAGUUCCACGCAACGAUUGAACUACAAGGACUUCAUACUCGUGGACAAAUGAUAUUAGAUCAUAGACAAAUUAAUGAAUACAACGUCACCGUCAUUGAAACUGUGCACGAAGAUGAAAUAAAAAAUUCUCUUCUGUUUACCGUCAAAUAGCUUAUAAGAGACAGUGACGUCAUCUUACUUUUUGACAAAUUGUAAACUAACGAAUAAAAUCUAUUUUAUGAUAAUUUUUUUA